GACCUCAUUUAGAUAAACAAAAGCUCUACUUAUUUUGCAAGCUCACGAUUGGCGUGAUUGCAGUUUCAUUUCUAUUUUCAUUAAGACUAGGUCAUUUCAAGUCAAGUGCAAGACGAUCCUACUGGAUCUAGAUCUGUAACUGUAGAAGCUGCCAUGACGGACAUAAUCAUAUCACUGACUGUGGAGGAUAUUCGCUUCCCAACUUCAUUGGAGAAAGAUGGCUCAGAUGCAAUGAAUAAAGCACCAGACUACUCCUGUCCUUAUGUGUCAAUAUCAACACAAUCUGGCAUUAGCGGCAAUGGGAUUACAUUCACUGUAGGAAGAGGCAACAAUAUUGUCUGUGAAGCAAUAAAGUUGUUAAGUCAUCUUGUAGUUGGUCAAGAUUUCAACUCUAUAGUCAAAGACUUUGGCACCUUCUGGCGAACUCUAACUAGUGAAGAUCAAAUAAGAUGGUUAGGUCCAGAGAAAGGAGUUAUGCACCUUGCAGUAGCUGCUAUCACUAAUGCAAUCUGGGAUAUGUGGGCCAAGAGGGAAAGCAAGCCAUUGUGGAAGCUACUUGUAGAUUUGGAACCUGAACAGCUGGUAUCUACAAUAGAUUUUCGCUACAUAACAGAUUCACUGACAAAAGAAGAAGCUAUUUCCAUACUUACAGAAAUGAAAUCUGGAAAAGCUGGAAGAGAAGAAGAGAUGAAAUUAGCUGGGUACCCAGCCUAUACAACAUCCUGUGCAUGGCUAGGUUACAGUGAUGAUAAAAUUGAAAGGCUGUGUAAAGAAGCUCAGGCACAAGGCUUUACAAGGUUCAAAAUGAAAGUUGGCUCUGACCUGGAAGAUGAUAAAAGAAGAGCAAAAAUAUUGCGCCAGACAAUGGGUCCUGAUAACUUGUUGAUGGUGGAUGCUAAUCAGAAAUGGGAGGUGCAGGAAGCUAUUGAUUGGAUGCGAGAAUUGGUUCAUUUUAACAUCACUUGGAUUGAGGAGCCCACAUCACCUGAUGAUGUGUUAGGCCAUGCAGAAAUAGCCAAGGCAUUAAAGCCAUUGGGUAUUGGUGUAGCCACAGGAGAACAGUGCCAGAACAGAGUGAUGUUUAAACAGUUCCUCAAAGCUGGCGCCAUGCAGUUUUGUCAGAUUGACAGCUGCCGACUUGGAGGUGUCAGUGAAAACAUUGCUGUGAUUUUACUGGCUAAAAAAUAUGGAGUUCCAGUGUGUCCCCAUGCUGGAGGUGUAGGUCUGUGUGAAUAUGUCCAACAUUUAUCUAUCUUUGACUACAUCUGUGUAUCUGGAUCUUUAGAGAAAAGAAUGAUUGAAUAUACAGAUCACUUGCAUGAACAUUUUGAGACUCCCUGUAAAAUCAGAGAUGGCUGUUAUAUUGCUCCAGAGACUAACAUUACCAGAGAUCAAUUGAUGGUCCAUCUUUGUAUCUGUUUUAAAAAGCUUAUAUCAACUCACUCAAUCUGGUCCCUGGGUACAGUAUUGACAUGAAGCAAGACUCUAGGGCAGCCUUCUGUUGGCCAGAUGGUCAUGUGUGGAGAGACCUCAUUCAGAAAGGCCUGUACAAGGAGUAAAUCACUACAUACUGUAAGAGAUGGAAACUCUAUAAAGCAGAAACACUGAUACUGUAUAGGAAGAAAUAAUUCACAUUGACUUUUUGUAUGAAAUAGUCAGAUUUUGUAAUAAUUCUACAUUUAAGAUUUUUUUUUAUUUCUCGAUUCUAAAUUUUUUUUUUUUUUUUUUUUUUU